UCGCUUUGGUUUCAGAAGUUGAUGGGCAGAUCACUGGGGAACGCCAUUUUUUAUUGACUUUAGGUCCGGCAACUCCUUUGAACUAAUCUCACUUUUUCUCUAUCUCGUCAAGUUUUUGGAGCAAAUGUAAAUAAAGCACUAGGAUGGAAUAGUUAGACGUUUUGAAAACAAACAAAAAAACAACAACGCAUAAACCAAAAUGGAACUUACAACGGUAUGCCCAUGGUUACAAGGUUAAGAGAAAAAGGCAGCACAAAUGCUCUUAAUUCCUACUAUGCGAGCUUUCUGUUUGCAGCUCUUGACAGUACUGAGCUACUGUCUCGAUGGUGACCGCACAAACAAGUUGCCACGCAGCUGGCAAGUCUAACGACAGCUAAUCGAUGGGAUUUUGCUGAUGUGGAGGAGAAAAAACUUGAUGUGCUAAAAAAUUUGGGAAUCAGCGUGCCAAUUUUAGUUUUAAUCAGCGUAAAAAUCGAAGUCAACAGCAAUUUUUUUUCAAAUUGCUCCCCAGUGUAAUGAUCAUCCUCUCGCAUUGAACUGCUCCUCUUCGUUGGGACCAAAAAACUCAAGACAAAUAAUUCAAAGUCCGGUGGCAACACACACAAAAACGUAAUUCUUGUCAGCGGGUUUAUUGCACACAAAAUGGACACAACCAUGUCUUGGAUUGAGAAAAGGGGAAAAUGAUCACAUCAGAGACCAAUCAAGUCAAAAGAUGGAUAAAUGAGGCCAUAGAAAUAAGAAGGCCAGGGGGCAUACGCACACCUGCCACGCCAUUCUUCGGCGGCAGGCACCAUCAUGUUGGGGAAUUUGGCUUUGAAAGUUUCUUCUGUUGUGAGACACGUGACCGCAGGAAGCGCUGACGGCUCCGACGAAGGCUGAAAGCGUCAGCUCAAAGUCUUAGCCGGGAAAAAGAGCUGCUCUUUACCCCCAAAAUAUUUGUCUCAACACAAGGAAACUGAAGGGGGAAAGCGAGCCGGAGCAGCCUCACGGAUGAGCAUUUUGACUUUCGGGCUCAUUUAAUGCUCAUCGUCUGAAAGAGUUAAUCAAAAUGACAAUCGGCGACUAACUCCACACGACCCCUCGUCUGUCUCAUUUGCUGUCUGUGCGAAUCGGGGUCAUCGGCGCGGCCACGUCACGAUGUGUUUAAGAGCAGUUUGGAAAAACGGAGUUCGAAGGCAACUGGAUUGUUUUAAUGGCUGCAAAAUGUGUGUGUGUGGGGGGGGCAGAUUAAGAUUCCCCUUCCCCGCUUAACUAAACCCUGCUGCACUUUGAUGAAGUGCUGACAUUCAACUGCACUCUUAAUCUUAAAUCCCUUUCUAAAUUAAAUUAGGAUAUUUCAUGUGCAUGUUGUAAAUUGGACUCAAGUCCUGCAAUGAAAUUGCGGGAUUAUAUCGUUUCAUAGUUUGGAAUGCAGACGUGGCAAAAGUACUCGCACUGCACUUAAAGUAGAAGUACUGAUUCAACUCCUUUUUACAAAGUCAAAAUUACAGACUGAAGGAAAUGUGCCAAAGUGCAAAAGUAUAACACACUUUUUAACUGUCACUGAUCUACAAUAUCGGACACAUUUUCCGGUCUCGCCUGACUUGACAAGAAGUAGCCCGAUGAUCGUAAAAGGCAGGAUACGUUGGUAUCGUAACACGUCGUGCGGUGCCGCUUUGCCGGUGUCCGAGAUGCGGGCAAAUUUGGUGGCAGUAGUCUGACCUCGUGCCGUCGCGAAAGACCUCAUUUGUCUUCGAGUCUGAAAUAAGGGCGCGGGUGGGCGAUAUCUUGGUUCCCCGAAUCUGCUGCGUCGGCGUCAUUGUUCACGAUCCCUGCGUCACAUUUUUGUCAUGUUGUCAUCCGUGGCAUUUGAAAAAAGCAGCAGGUCUAUUUUGACAAAGUAAGGAGUAGAAAGUACCGACAUCGGUUUUCAAAUGGAGCGAGCACGAGUGAAAAGUCGUCCAGAAAAAGAGGACGUUGGCGCUCAAAUGUCCCGGUUUUGCAGCCCCGUCUACAGUCGAUACUGGCGGCACUACCGGCAGGCCGCGGCCUGGCACCAGCGGCACUGGCGAGCCUACCGGAAGGCCUGCCGGGCCGCUCACGGCCCCGUCUGGCGUCCCGGCAGCCGAGAGCGCUAUGCGGACUGGCGCCCGGACGAAAGGGACGGCGAAGAAGGGGCGAGUAGUUCGGACGACGAGAUCGAGUGCGACGUCAGUAACAUGGAGAUCAGCGACGAGCUUCGGGAGUUUUUUGCCCAGACUGAGAAACACAGACGGGAGUUAAGGGAGCGGCAACAAAUGGAGGCCGAGCAGCAGGACGCCUACGUCCCGGCCGACCAGGACCCGCGCAGCGUCUCCCGCCGAGCCGGCGCGGCCCCGCCCGCCGAGCGGCCGGGCGAGAGGCGCGGGGCCGAGAUGAAGAAGCUGUACGGCGAGGAUGCGGCCAAGAUCCUGGCCAUGGAGGCGGCCAUGCAGCUCACCUUUGACAGGAACUGUGACCUCAAGCAGCCCAAGUACUGGCCCGUCAUCCCGCUCAAACUUUAGUGCUCGCUCGAUUUAAAAGCGAAAGUGGUUCAAGAGACUUCGGGGCGAGGUUCUGAACUUUGCGGCGAUGUGAACGGAUUGAAACAAAUGCCUCCUUGUCUGUUUGUCCUCACCCCUUUUUGUUUCCCCCCCCAGCGAGCUGGUCCCCAUCUGUUCAGCCCCACGAGAACCCCUCCCCCACGGCUGCCUUCAAUGGUUGCAGCGUUUAUCUCUCUCUUAUUUCUCUCGGCGGGCACGUACGCUGCAACCUGCCUUUUGACUUUCAAGUGUCUGUUUGAAUAAAACCUGAUGUGUUCACCUUUGCCGUGUUGUGAAUUGUAAGUGCUACUUAAAAUCGAGAUGAACCAAAAGAAUCAUUAAGUAUUAGGAAAAGUACAAUAUAAAUGUGAUUUAUUAUCAUUGGAUCCGUUCUAAUGUCCAACCAUUUGUGUAUUUUCGUCGGUUGGACAACGUUACAGCGUGCUUCGUGAGUUGGAAGAAAACAAACGUGUGGACGGCUUUUGGAAACAUCGUGUUGAGUGUUGUGUUACGUUCCCGUGCUUUAAGCCUUUCAGCAACAGAUUGAACACCAGCCUGUAGACAAAUAAAUAUAUAUAUAUAUAUAUAUAUAUUCUUUAUCCUCUGUGCAGAACGACCACUAUUAGUGUUGUACCGAUGUAUGUUUUCUGAGGUGCGAUAGGAUGGAGUGCUAUUUUCCCUCAUUAACUAGAAAUGACAACCUUUUUGGAAUGGAUUAGUUUCGUUUUUGUAUCUCAAGGCACCACUGUAUUCCUUUCAGUUUGCCCUUUUGCCCACCCAACGUGGUGCCCUUGGGGAGGGUUAGUAUGGCGCCCCCUCCAUCUGUGAUUUCUAUACACUUACAAAAGAAAGCAAGUUGUUUUUGCCAUUUGUCUGAGAUAAUGUGUCACCCAAUUCGAAAUCCAUAUAUAUUAAAAGCAAUUGUAAAUAGCUUAUUAUUAUACUUGAAUGUAGAAAUUCAAACCCUAAUGGACACAUAUAGUGCCGUCUGCUAUUGUAUUUAUUUUUUUUAAUUCGCAUAUUCCAUUCGUGAAAUGUUGACGGGCAAAUGUUUACUAUGGCAUGUGGGAAUUGAAAG